AUGCCGCAAGACAGCCAGGCCAUACCAGAAGGAUACUUUCAAGCGGGGGAGGCGGUGGUCUACCACAGCCGCACCUACGACACGCCGCCUGCCUAUGCAGAAGUCGCUGCAGAAUGGCUUAGGCAGUGGCACUUCGCAGGCCUAGGAGGCUUCCCCUUAUUGCAGCAGUCUUUGUGGAGAAAGGGAGGGCUCAUGAUCAUGAUACUUGCGGCGCUCAUUGCCCCCAACCAUUGGCAAUGCCAUGCUGUGAUGCCACCCAUGACCCCGACCGCCCUGGCAAAGCCACCCGCUGUGCCCGCCAGUGAAGUCCUCGACAGCGUGGAGGCGGAGAGCGUUUCGCGGAAGCACCGGGGAAACGUUCUGACCGAGCUGCCUUCACCCCUGCAUGUGGAGAAUGCGGAGAGAUGGCAUUCCGAAGCCGGCGGCGAUGGUAUUCUUUACUCUGCGGCUCGGCAGGGUCGGCCCAGUUCCUCCCCGUUGCAGGACUCUCAAGGAGGCAAGGUGAAGACCGGCACGGAGACCAGAAGACAGCACGAGGGUGCCUUGGCUGCCUUGGCUGGUGGAGCAGGCCUUGAACGUUUCAACGUUGGAGACAAGGUGUUUCCUGGCGUUCUCACUCAGUUCUACGAGAGCAAGACGCAUGGCCGAAAGAUUGUGGCCACGGUGGAGAGAGUCACAGAUGAUGGUUUUUACGACCUGAAGGACGUCAAGAAGUCAGCGCAUCCUUCCUACAUCUCGCGAUUUGUAGAGCAGCCAAGCCCUGCCACUGCUCCGGUGGAGCCAAGUCCUGCUGCUGCUCCCCCGGCUCCUCCGCCGCGCGUUCUGCCACCAAUUCUCCCCAGUGACCAAGAGGACCUGCUCCCCCGGCAAGUUACCCGCGUGGUGCUGCCUCUGCAGAAAGCCUACUCGGGCAAUGAUGGCUUUGCUGCGACAGACUGCAGUGGCGCCACGCCGAUUGGCUUCAGCACCCCCGCCACUGCCAUAGGCCCUCUGGGAUUCUCCACUCCGUCGAGAUAUGGCGAGGAUGACGCGACAAAAGCAGUUAAAGUCUUGGAAAGGCCGGGGUCAUUCGCCUUGAUCAGACAAUAUCUCAUCGGAGAGGGGGCGCGGGAGCUGCGGGUGGGCCCCGGUGGCUUUAACCCGCGCGUGAUCCAGAUCCGGACCCAGCUGGUCCAGCAGCUGGGUCUUCCCAGCCACGCGCAGAUCCAGGAGAUGUCUGGCUUCAAGGGCGGCCUGAACCAGGGCAUCUGGCUGGUCAACGGGGGGACCGAGCUGGUCUUGAAGCAAGUGAGGACACAUUGCUUUUCCUUGAGUCACUUGUGUGGGUCUGCCGACGUCUUUGUGCUGCCACUACCGCAGAACGAACUGAUCGUCCAGGAUCCAGCGGUUGCCUUCCCGGUGCUGCUCGGCGUGGAGAAGAUCUUCAGCUGCGUAGGCGCGGCCUGUGCCAUCAUGGUCUUCCCGGAAUCCUUCGCCCCAGGCGACGACCGGCGGCCAGUGAGCGACUUGAUCGUCAUGAAGAAGAGCCGGGGUGAAAGGCUGUGCGAGUACGUGGCGACCAAGUUCUACGCGAACCAGGUGCCACAGCUGUGCAUAGCCAUGGAGGCGGUUGGUCGGACCCUGCACACCUUCCACGACCGCUACGGCCACCAGCAGCACGGUGACUUCCAGCCCUCCAAUAUCUACUAUGACGAGAGCACGAACUCCGUGUCCUUCAUUGAUGUCGGGGGAAUGGGAGUCCCGACCACUGGCAACGACCUCGAGCACUUCCACCAGUGCAUGCGGUCGAUGACCAUUGGGUAUGACCCACAGCUUCACGUGGAUCUACUCAGCUCCUUCAGCAAGGGCUACCAGUCCUCGCCCCUGCAUCAGGCUGGUCGGGCCGGCAGGGAUCAUCUUGAUUUGGGGCCUCUAGGACACAAGACACAGCCUUCUUAA